AUCUGUUUACUAUUCGGGUUUUUCCUGUAAAGUUUCUAGUGCGUCUCGCACUAUCACAUCUUGAUCGAUAAACCUCCCGCGAAUAAAAUCCCGCUGUGGGCAACCUUAACCUCUGCUGUCAGUCAAACCAGUUCCAUCAUGCGUAAAGGGUCGGUGCAUCGCAAGUGUAUUUUGCUCACAUUACUAUCGCUUGCCAUCCACUGGCAAAUCGAUCCAAUCGGUGCCAAUAGUGUCUGUGGCAAACGACCUAUUGCCGCACCGGGUACCAUCACCUACGGUCAGUCGAGUUGGCCUGGUCAGUUUCCGUGGCAUGUGGCACUGUACCGUACGGAGCAACACCUCUCCAUAUCGUACGCUUGCGGCGGUUUUAUCGUAAGCGAACGGACGGUAAUUACAGCUGCCCAUUGCGUCACGGCUCCCAGCGGUUAUCAGAUAGCAGCGGAUGAGCUGAUCGUUCGCGUGGGACUGUACGAUCUGCUUACACUCGCCCGCCAUUCCCAGGAGCAUACGGUCGGUAAGAUUUACCGCCACGAUAACUUUACGCUUGGUUCACCACGGCAUGACCUUGCCCUGCUGACGCUAAGGACCAUCGUUGAGUUUGGACCGUUCGUACAGCCGAUCUGUUUGCCGACGGAGGAAAAUGCACUGCAGGGGAUAGAAUUUGGUAUUGUUGCCGGCUGGGGAUUGACGGAGCAUGAUGCCCCGGCCAGGACACUUCGGUCAUCCACGAUACCAGUGGUCAGCUACAUCCGGUGUCUUGAAAGUGAUUCCUCACUCUUCGGCCCCGUCCUGUACGAUGGGAUGUUCUGUGCUGGAUUGCAAAAUGGGACUAACGUCUGUAAUGGUGACAGUGGUGGUGCGUUCGUGGCCAACAUUAAUGGCAGUUGGACAGCGCUUGGUAUCGUAGCGUUCUCCGGCGUACGAGAGGAAACUGACGGGCAGACAACAUUUCGAUGCAAUACGAAAAGUUUAGCCGGAUUCAUCAACAUUCCCAAGUACCUAGGGUGGAUUACAUCCGUGGUUAGUUCCGAAACGGUACAACCAUCUCUAAAUUUUCCAAACGGACACAAAACAUCCACGACUCCACUUCCUGGAAGAAUUAGUGAAGAAAUGUGUCAAUCGUAUCGAGAAAGAUGCCUCGGGCAGGAGGACUUCUCAUAUCUGACAUCAGUCGUACGGCCGGUCCAUAUCGGUGGCAUUUCGAGCCGGUACGCUCGGUUGGUGAUUGAUUGCUUCGCCGUUCUGAUAAGUGACCGCUUUCUACUGGCACCGGCCAGCUGCUAUCGGAGCGCAGCCCUCGCUAAGCAAUUCAUCCUGCUGGAGGUGGCCGGACAGGCAAUACACUGCCCCAUAAAGACGUUUAAUCAACACCCGAAUUUUGUCAACAAAAGGACACCGUCGGUGGACCCGGACACCGGAAAUGAGGAGGAAAAGGAGAAAGACCAAAGCAAUCUCGCGCUAAUCGAACUGAAUCGAAGCGUACCCCUGUCCACCUGUCAGUUUGUGUGCCUUUGGACCGGAGGUGCCGAAAGCGAUACGGUGCCGAACAUCUUUCUCUACUCGGCCGUGAAUGUUUCGUCCGGUGACAAAUCGAUCGAAUCAGCGGAGGUGACGGCCUGGACCGCAUCGGAAGGUCGGUCCGGAGAUGGUCGAAGUGAACCGUCCCAGGGGACACAACGAUGCUACAGCGAGCUGUUGGCGCCGGUCGUGAUGCAGCAGGACCCGAAUGGUGGCCGGUACUAUCGAUUGGUUGGCAUUGUUCUCGAGCGAACCUGUACGAAGAUUCGCUUCAUCAAGGUAGCACCAUUUCUUGGCUGGAUCGAGCGAGUUGUUUGGCAAGGUUAGCAUCGAUAAAAGGGGAAAUAGAAAUAAAACAACCAAACACAGGACAAAAUU